CAAGCUCAGCAGUGAGCCGCCCAAGCCCUGUGAGCAGCGGGGGCCCGCUCCGAGCGCGGAUCCGUCCCGAGCAGCACCGACGAUGAUGAGGGCCAAGAGGGAGGCGCCGCCGCUGGCAGGGGAGGACCUGGUCGUGCCGGACGAGCCCCACGUGGACGAGCGGCCCGCGGGGCACCACCUUAGGGGCCGGGAGGGGGCCGUGAUGAGCAAGCUCCACGCGCACGGGCGAAUGCUCGAAGAGAUCCUGCGGCGGCUGCCGCCCGCGCCGGGCGGAGAGGAAGGCCCCCGCGCGCAUGCGGGCCUGCGACUGGCGCCGCCGAGCCCUCCGCCCGUGGGGGGCCCGAGGGGCGCCACGGGCGAGGAGGAGCGGGCGGAGCCGAGGUCAGUGGGCAGCAUGGGCAGCGAGGAGCAGCGGAAGGGCGGCCCAGAGGGCCAGGGCAGCUGCGAGUCCGAGGUCGUCAUCAGGAGAGACACGCUGAGCAGCGCGGGCAGCGACGGCUACGUGUCUGGUGCCGCGACCGGCGUGAGGAGGAGGGAUUCGAGGAGCAGUAUCGAACGGGCGGCGGCGACUUGCAAGUCGGCGGCCGCCUCUGCAGUCACGCCCAGGAAUCCCAAUCCAGUAGACUUCUUCCACGAGGAGGGAGAAGAUGUGCGCGAAGGAGGCGGCAUGCCUACGUACAGGUUUAGGGCGACCAUCCGACAGAUUAUUCUUAUGCCGAUAUUCGAAUGUGUAUUCGCAUGUUUGAUCAUCGUGAACACCAUAAUAAUGGUGAUCGAGGAGCAGUACCACGGGGCUCGAGUAGGGUACGAUAUCGGUUUCUACACUUUCUACGGUUCCGACAUUUGGGCAGAUAGCACCCGCAACGAGGCCGUGUUCGACAUCCUUGAGAUUAUAUUCGCUGUUAUAUUCACCGUGGAGGUGGCUCUGAGGAUUGUAGCGAUGGGCUUUCAGUAUUUCAGGAGACCCUCUGAGUAUUUCGACUUGGCAGUCGUGAUAUUGUCAGACCUCAGCAUUGUAUUGAAUUCAUCCAGCACGCUCGAUAACAUUGAGCUGCUGCGAUUACUGCGGGCUGUAAAGUUGUUGCGGCUUUUGAAGCUCGUCCGAACGAUUGAGGGUUUCGACGCCCUCCACCUGAUGACGACGGCGCUUGAAUCUUCUGCAUGGGCAUUGUGCUGGUCCGUCCUGCUUUUGCUGAGCAUACAGACCUUUGUCGCCAUGAUCGCCACGUACUUGUUUCGUGCACUGUACAUGAAGAAGGGAAGCUUGUCCGACGAAGACCUUGAGCACCUUUUCGAGUAUUGGGGGACCUUCACCCGCUCAUUGUUGUCGCUCUUUGAGUUGGCACUGGCGAACUGGCCACCGAUCUGCCGUUGGCUGGCAGAGAAUUUACACGAAGGGUUCAUAGUCGCCGCGCUGUCCUACAAGUUGGUGAUGGGCAUGGCCGUUGUCGGGGUGAUCAACGCACGGUGGCGGGUUCAUGCAGGAGACGUUCAAGAUUGCCAGCACCGAUGACGCGACCAUGAUGAGGAUGACGGAUAGGAUCACUCGUCAGCGCAAUCACAAGGUAGAGGCCCUCUUCGCCAUGGCGGAUGUGGAUGGCACUGGCCAAAUUGAUAGAAGCGAGUUCCGGAAGAUCCUGGAGAACAAAAACGUCAAAACGUGGCUCGCUUCCAUGGAUUUCGUCGCCAACGACGCAGACGUUGUCUUCGACCUGUUGAGUGGUGGUGACGACUUAAUCGACCUAAACGAGUUGGUUCGUGGGAUCAACGAUCUGAGGGGCGCAGCGCGGUCUAUUGACAUGCGCAGGCUGAUACAAGUGUUGCAAACAUGAACAACCAUGUCCGCGCACGCGGGAACAUCUGAUCGCCAUCGCGCGGCGGCGGCAUUGGCCGAGGACACUGCCUUCGACUCCAGAAGCAUUUUAUAAAAAAUGCGCUUCCGCCCGUGCUUUUGUCCGAGUCGCCGGCCCAGGCGUUCUCGACCGUUUUCCCCCCAAGGGCUUUUCACCCGCAACGGUUUUGUUUACGGUCAGGGGGCUCGAAACGAGCACGCACCCAAGCCGAAGAAACACACCGUCCCGCCCUCGUUCUCUUUGUCCACGUUCAUCCUCUUGAGCGUCUUUCUCAUCAUUUCUCAGCUGAGGUGCGAGCUUAAAUAAGCGACCGCAGCUGCUGUCAGAAGUUGUGAGCACGACAGCACGGCAGGGAAAACGGAGUGCAACGGUGUGCACACAGUUGAAUACUGUCGUGUUUUGUUUGUUAGUGGUCUGAUUGAAUUGCACGUGCGUGGAGAUGAUCUUCGAGUUGUCUUAACAGUGUGGCUUGAACGCAAAGCACUUGCAUGACUUCAUCGGUCGCUCUGGCCAUCGAUGUCCGUGGCUUUGCGUUCACAUGAAGUUGUUGCGGCCACGGCCGCAGGGCCAAGCCUCAUCCACACUUUCAUCGUCACCGGCUCGUCGAUUAUGUGCGACAAAGAUUCGCGAUGGAUCAUUGCGAGGGACCGCCGUUGUCUCGAUUGGCUUUCCUCCGAGUUUCCUGGUCUCGCAUUUUGAACUUCGCCAGCUUGCCGCGCGGAUGCAGCAAGCCGACGGCACUUGAACGUGCCGUUGUCAGACUUAUUCGUCAUCUGGCGUUCUAGCCCCCCGUCUCUCCUCUGCAUGCCAUGGCACUGCUAGAUUGUCUUCGAUGCCCCAGCAGCCCUAUCAGUAGUCCAACGAGACCCCAAUCUGAAGCCAGCUUCCACUGUUCCAUGCGCUGUUGCUAACGACGCUCCCGAGAUGUUUGUUCGCUCGAUGUGAAUGAGCAGAUACGAGCUCUUCCGCGCGAGUCCAGCGCAUGUGUCGGCCAUCAGAGCGACCAUGGCCUCGACUAUCCGAAUCUGGCAUUCGAACAAGAUGACAAGUCGUCGGCAGUCUUGGGGGCUGGCGCGGCAAGGUCGAUGGUACCAGGAAGAGAACACUGAAACCGCUCUACCCGCGUGGCCAUUGUGGCGCUUCUCUGAAGCCAUCCAGUGUGCCCUGCGCUGUUGCCAAAGACGCUCCACAGGUGUUUGCCCGGUCGCUGUGAUUGAGCAGAUUUGAGCUCUCACGCGCGAGUCUUGCGCAUGUGUCGGCCAUGAGAGAAUUCAUGGCCCAUGGCCGUUUCUAUCCGAAUCAUUUUUCGGAUUCUGGCAAGUUCUCUCCUCUCCUCUCCUCGCGGCACUGCGCCUCCGUGGCCUCUCUUUCAUCUCUAUUUUUUGUUGUCACGAGCUGGCGCGUAGUCUUGCUGCACGAUCUGUGAGGGCAGAGUGGACGGAAGGCACCCGCCCAUAUCAGGGGGGAAGCAUGUCCAUUCGCAGUGGAAGUGUUCCAUGCUGCGAGACGCGGCCCUGCACGAUUUGUGAGUGCACAGUGUGAGGCGCCCCCUUAUAUAACUGGGGGCCCCGCAGCCGUUCAUGGCUUGUGUUUUGUUGGCGACGUUGUCUGACAACAGGUGCCGACCACGCCCCCUCAAGAAAGGCAGCACGUAUGGCCCAAGACGGUGCCAGCAUUGCCUAAGCGGGGCGGAACGAGUCUAUGUGACCGUGUCUCGUUAUCUCCAGCACAAAUGCUGUCCUUGCGUGCGCGGUCGUUACGAGGUGACGAAGGCCACCUCGCGAAUGACUUGGCUGCGUGGUUUCACAUGCAAAAAAUUCUCCAGAA